UCUUUCAUUAAAUGCUGACUAUAUCUGUAAUUUAGUUGCACGUGGAAACAAGACAGUCGUACAUUAGAUUAUGGCAAGUAAAUCGUCUAUGUACUUUUCAAUAAGAAUAACAGAGUUUCUUAUGAAAACCGUUGGUUUUUGGUAUCCUGAAACUACUAAGGAAAAAUGGAUAUUCGAUGGAAUAUUAUUGUACACUUUAAUAGCUGUCAGUACUGCUUUGAGUGUCGAGUCUUUGGAUUUUUAUUACAAUUGGGGCGAUUUUUAUGCAUUGACUUAUACAGCGUGCAGUACAAUGCCAGUGAUAAUAGUGUUAAUUAAAAUAUCAAUAUUUAUCUUGCAUCGUAAAAAAAUGAUGAAAUUGAUUAAAUACACCCAGGAGAAUUUUUGGUACCAAAAAUACGACGAUUUCGGUGAAAAGAUUUUAAACGAGAUCGACAAUAAGGGAAUAUUUUUAAUGUGUUCCUUUACAUUCUUUGUUCAAGGAACUGCUGUUACUUAUACCUUGACACCGAUCAUAGAAAACUGGGGGAAAAAUGAUAGCGAUAGGAUUCUACCAUUUAAUUUAUGGAUCGACGUACCAAAAACAACGACUCCUUAUUUCGAAGUGUUUUUUACGAUUGAGACUCUCGCCCUGAUACACACAGCCGUUUGUUUUGCCUGUUUCGAUAAUUUCUUAUGCCUUCUAAGCAUACACGCAGCUGGCCAAUUCAAAAUACUUCAAUACAAAUUAAAGAACAUUUUUGAUUGGGAUAUGGAGGAUUCUUUUAAACAAACUAUUCCCAUUAUAUACGACAAACUCACGGAUUGCGUUAAAAGGCAUAACGAAUUAAUCAAUUACGUGAAAAAAUUAGAACACAUUUUUAGUUACGCGAUGAUGUGCCAGCUGCUGAUAUCGAGCGUUUUACUUUGCGUUGCAGGAUUUCAAGUGUUCUUGUCACAAGGAACGUUGAUUAGACGAAUGAUAUUCAUCGCUCACACCAAUGGAUGUUUCUUCCAACUUUUCGUUAUAACUUUGACGGCGAACGAGAUAUUGAUUGCCAGUCAAGCCGUGAGCGAUGGCGCGUAUGCUGCAAAUUGGCCAUCCCUGCCAUCCGAAAAUUUGUCCAAGAUCAAAACUAGUCUUAUAAUGAUCAUGAUCCGUGCCAGAAAACCAUGUUGCAUAACAGCCGGUGGAUUCUUUCCUGUAUCUCUCGAAACAUUUAUGGCGGUUUUGAGCACAGCGGCUUCUUAUUUCACGUUAUUGAGAAAAUUCGACGACGAAAAUGACUGA